AGAACACAGGGAAUGUCCAUUAUCCAAUAUCCACUAUGGAAAAUGCAUUCUCUUCGGCGAAGAUAUCUGUUUGGUGGGACAUUGAAAACUGUCCAGUUCCUAAAAACCUCAACCCUAACUCCAUCGCUCAGAACAUUGCCUCCGCUCUCAUCACCUCCAACUUCCACGGCCCUACCACCAUCUCCUGCUACGGCGACACCACUCGCAUCCCUUCUCACAUUCAACACGCCAUCUCUUCCACCGGCAUCUCCCUCAACCAUGUCCCCUCCGCUAAAGAUGCUAAGGAGAAGAAGAUACUAGUUGAUAUGCUGUUAUGGGCGAUAGACAAUCCUGCACCGGCAAACUAUUUGCUUAUUUCCGGUGACGGAGACUUUUCAAAUGCUCUUCAUCAACUUAGAAUGAGGAGGUAUAACAUUCUUCUUGCUCAUCCUUUUUGCACGUCGGUAUCGCUGGUUAACGCCGCCGAAAUCGUUUGGCAUUGGCCUAUACUCAUUGCUGGUGGUCCUCCUAAUGUCAACAUUGCUAGUAAUGCAUCAAACCAAACCCCUAAUUACUCUAACAAACUCAUGUAUCAACCUAAACCCUCAAUUGCACCUCUUCAAGAUGGUGAAAAAAAUAGUAGCACCAAUAAUAACCAGAAUUACUGUUUUGUCCCUGAAAAAUCAAACUCUAAGAAACUCAUAUAUCAACCUAAACCCUCAAUUGCAUCUCUUCAAAUUCAAAGUGAAAAAAAUAGCAACAAUAAUAACAACCAGAAUGACUGUUUUGUCCCUGAUAAGUCAAAUACAUCAAAAUUGCUUAGAUUAGCCCCACAUGAAUUCUUUUUGAAUAAUGACCCCACAAUAGACUCAAUCAGUACUAAUGUCCAAAAUCAAAAUCUUGGCAUUACUUGUUCUAAUUUUAGUGAUAGUCAUGAUUUGCGACAAAAUAGACUGUUAAUGCUUCCGGUUUCCUCGGGCUAUGAUGAUGUAUCUAUUUUGUCUACAAUUGCUUCUAAACCAAUUAGUAGUUGUUUAACUACAUUGCCAAAAGUACUCAACAACCUUGAUUGUGAUGGUGGUAGUGGUCAGGAAUUUUGUAAUGAGAAUUUGAACCAUAUUUCUAAUUCGGUCGGUGGUUCUGAUUCCGUUGGUGGUUCUGAUGUACCAAUAGUUAAGAGUUCGCCAAUAGUCUUAGACUUGCAAGGACUUGUUGAUGUUAUUCUAGAAACAUUGAAAACUCUCAAACAUGAAAUGGUUUUUCCUAGUGAAAGAAAUAUUACUGAUUGCAUUCGUUAUGGCGAUCCCAAGUAUCAAACGAUUGAUGUUAGGAAGGCUUUGAAUUAUGCAACUGAGCAAGAGAGAGUGAUUAAACGACGUCUUGGUGCAUUGCAUUUAUAUGUUUUAGCAAACGAGAAUCUCUGGAAAUGUGUGAACCCUUUAGGUGGAUUGCCAAGUCAUUUUCCAGAAGCAAUCUGGGUUAGAAUCGAGAAAUUCCUUGCUUCAUCCUCAGGAAGAUCCGCAAUUUUGGCAUCUCGUUGCAGAUACGAAGCCGCUUUGAUUCUAAAGAGAUUGUGCCUUGGAGAACUUGUGUUGGGCGAUGUUUUAAAGAUUUUGGAGAUUAUAAUCACAGUCAAGAAUUGGAUUAUACCUUGUCAUUGUAGUUGGCACCCGAUUACCAUUUCAGUUAUGGAGACAAAAGAUGGUAAUUGAUACUGAUAGUAUUUUCUACUAUUGUUCUUGAUCAAAAUCUAAUGACUUCUUCGUAAUGGCCACAACACAGCUAAAGAAUACAUCAAAUCAAUGUGAGAUUUGAUAUGGAUAUAAACUUUUUCAUAGAGAGAUAUGUAGGAACUUAUGAGCAGUUUUUUGAAUGAUGAAUGACUAUAGGUUAUAUACCUUUGUACACCUGCAUCAUCUGCUUACUAGUGGAGUUUUUGUUGGUAUAGAUGCAUACUUUUUGUCUUGUACAUUUCCACUUGUUGAACUUUUUGAUUGUAUAGAAAAUGGUUGCAACAUUUGACUAUAUAGGUUGUGGAAUUCUCUCUGUCUUUAUAUUUCUGGCCGAUUAUGCGGCAAAUUAACAUUUUUGGAUGAA